AUGUCGGGCUUCUUUUGGAAUGUUCGCGGCUUAAACAAAUCAAUUAAACAUUCCGUAAUAAAGAAGUGGUUGGAGGAGAAGCAGUUUGAUUUUGGCUGUUUGAUUGAAACUCGUGUGAAGGAAGAAAGAGUUCCAGAAAUGGUGGGAACUAUGUUUAAAAAUUGGUCGAUCCUAACAAACUAUGAGCAUCAUAGGUUGGGUAGGAUCUGGAUAGUCUGGAGAAACAAUGUGAGACUCACUCCUUUCUAUAAGAGUAGUCAGCUGAUCAGAUGUUCCAUUAAGUUGGAAGCGAUGCAAGAGGAGUUUUUUUGCUCCUUCGUCUACGCAUCAAAUCUGGAUGAAGGCAGAAAAGAAUUAUGGAGAGAUCUCUGUGAUCACCACAACUCUCCGAUAAUUGGUACAAAGCCUUGGAUGAUACUAGGUGAUUUUAAUGAAACUUUGGACGUGUCCGAGCACUCGAAUUUUGAUAGCUCGCCGUUAAUAACCUCUGGAAUGAGAAGGUUCCAAGACACUGUAAAUCAUUGUUCCUUGACUGAUAUGGCUUAUCAUGGCCCUCUUUUCACUUGGAACAAUAAGAGGGGAGCUGAUCUUAUAUCAAAGAAGCUGGAUAGGGUCCUUGUUAAUGAGGUUUGGAAUCAGGACUAUCCUCAGGCCUACUCAGUCUUCGACGCUGGAGGCUGUUCGGAUCACUUACGCUGCCGUAUUCAAAUUAACACGCCAGCACUUUCUUCAAGAAGGAAGCCGUUUAAGUUUGUUAACGCAGUUACCACACUUGCGGAGUUUCUACCCAUGGUGAAAGAUUUUUGGGCAAAUACAGAACCUAUUUUCCUCUCAACGUCCUCCCUUCAUAGAUUCUCAAAGAAGCUUAAAAAUUUAAAACCACAGAUAAGGGGUUUGGCGAAAGACAGGAUGGGAAAUCUGGUUAAAAAAUCUCGAGAGGCUCAUGAAGAUCUCUGCAAAAAACAGGAAUUAAAUCUCUGUUCUCCAUCUUCUCAACAUAUGGAGGCUGAGAAUGAAGCUUUUACGAGAUGGGAAUUUGUAGCGGGUCUUGAAGAGAGUUUCCUCAAGCAACGAUCGAAGCUGCACUGGCUGAACAUUGGUGAUCAAAACAAUAAAACAUAUCAUAGUGCUAUCGCUGCUCGAGAGGCGGUAAAUGGAAUCAGAGAAAUACGGUGUCGAGAUGGAACUCUGGUAAAUGAUGAGAAUGGAAUAAAGGAGGAAGCUGAGAGUUUCUUUCGAGAAUUUCUCUAG